GUUUGAUCGAUGAACGACUACAAGAGAGGAAACUAAGAAUUGAUACAAAGGGUGAUGUUUUAGACGUACUUCUCAACAUUAGCAAAGAUAGCCAGAAGAGCUUGAUGGGAUUCACAUUGAGCGCUUGUUAUUUGACUUAUUUGUAGCAGGGACAGAAACUACAUCAAGUGUACUAGUAUGGGCAAUGGCAGAAUUACUUAAGAAUCCACAAAUUUUAGAGAAAGCCCAAGAAGAACUUGCAGAUUUAAUUGGUAAAGGCAAACUGGUAGAAGAAGCUGAUGUUGCAAAAUUGCUUUACUUGCAAUGCAUAGUGAAAGAAACAUUAAGAAUACACAUCCCAGUUCCUUUCUUAAUUCCGCGAAAAGUUGAGGAAGAUGUUGAGAUUUGUGGCUAUAUUGUUCCAAAAAAUUCACAAGUACUUGUCAAUGCGUGGGCUAUAGGUUGCGACUCUAAUAUAUGGGAUGAUCCAUUGGUUUUUAAGCCGGAGAGGUUUUUGGAGUCAGAAGUAGAUUUUCGUGGUCAGGAUUUUGAGCUCAUUCCAUUUGGUGCUGGUCGAAGAAUUUGUCCUGCAUUGCCUUUGGCGGAAAGGAUGAUUCUGGUAGUGCUAGGUUCAUUGAUAAAUAAAUUUAAUUGGAAAUUAGAUGGUGGAAUUGAUCCUAAAGACUUGAACAUGGAUGAAAAAUUUGGUCUUACUUCGCUGAAAGCCCAACCUCUACGAGCAAUCCCAAUUCCACUGUAGCUGCAUGCAGAUUCUUUCCUUUCGUCGUCCUGUAGUAAGGCCAUGCCAUUUCUACUUCUGCAUCAAAAUAAUACACUUUUACAUGCUUUCAGUUUGUAGUUGUUUUGGAAACGAAUAAUCAAAUAUAUAUAUUUUUA